AUGAGCGCUCCCAGGACUGUCCUCCGCGCCCUCCGCGCCUCGUCGUCGCGCGCCGCCUACCGCGCCCCCGCCCGCGCGUUCUCGGUCACCCGCGUCGCCCGUGAGGAGGCUGCCCCUGCCGCUGCUGUCUCGCCCAAGAUUGCCAGCAUUGUCGACUCGGUCGAGGGCCUUACCCUUCUUGAGGUCUCGGAGCUCGUUUCGGCCCUCAAGACCCGCCUCAACAUCACCGAGGUCGCCAUGCCCGCUGCCUCCGCCGCCCCAGCAGCCGCUUCGGCCGCUGCCGCCGAGGCCCCCGUCGAGGAGAAGCCCAAGGAGAAGACCAUGUUCACCGUCACCCUCAAGGCCAUUGACGCCUCGGCAAAGGCCAAGAUCAUCCGCGAAAUUAAGUCUCUUAACUCGACAAUGUCGCUUGUGGAGGCCAAGAAGUUUGUCGAGUCGGUGCCCCAGAUGAUCAAGGAGAACGUGCCGAAGGAGGACGCCGAGAAGCUCCAGAAGACCCUCGAAGGCCUCGGCGCCACUGUCGAGCUGUCAUAA